CGCCGCGAUCGGGGUAGGGGUUCGACCAGAAGCGCCGUGCCAGGAAUUGCUGCGAGUUUUCUCUGGAGUAGCUGGUUCCCUCCCCGGAUCGUAGCGGGUCCGCUUUUGGUUUUGUUAUUCCUUCAUCUGCCUGCCGUCCUCGCAGGGAGACACGGUGCUUGGUUUUGUUUUUUUCCUUGCCGACUUUGGUGACUCUUGGAUAAGGAACAGACCUGUAAAGAUGUUUAUGUGGUGGUCAGCUGUUUUACUUCUUGGAUUCAUUUUGCUGGGAGCAGACGGGUGGCCAGCCAAGGAAGGAUAUGACUUUAGGCCCUAUCAGACCCUAGUAAGAUUACGUCACAAGCAGGAAAAGAAUCCGGAAAGCUCAAGAAGCAGAGGGUAUAUGAGUCAAAAUGGCCAUUUUGGAUCAUGUGAAAACAAGUACUGUGGUCUGGGUAGACACUGUGUUGUGAAUGGAGAGACUGGCCAAGCUGAGUGUCUAUGCAUGGAGCACUGCAAGCCACAUUACAAGCCUGUAUGUGGUUCUGAUGGGGAAUUCUAUGAAAACCACUGUGAAGUGCAUCGGGCUGCCUGUCUGAAGAAGAAAAAGGUCACCAUUGUACACAAUGAAGAUUGCUUCUUCAAAGGGGAUAAAUGUAAACCUACUGAAUACACCAAAGUGAAAAAUAUGUUACUGGAUAUACAGAAUCGGAGAUAUCUUGCACAGUCAAAAGAUAAAACCAUCGAUGAAAAAAUGGCUUUAAAGAAACUUCUUGUAGAUCAAAUGUUUAAGUAUUUUGAUUCAGACAACAAUAGACUUGUGGACUCUAAUGAAUUAUCUCAGGUAAUAAAAGGAGAUGAGCUUGGCAAGGAUCUGUCUGACUGCUCUCUGUUCGAUUUGCUGAAAUACGAUGAUUAUAAUAGUGACAAGCACCUAGCUCUGGAAGAAUUCUAUAGAGCUUUUCAGGUAGUUCAGCUGAGUCUGCCUGAAGAUCAAAAACUAAGCAUCACUGCAGCAACAGUGGGACAAAGUGCUGUCUUAACUUGUGCGAUCCAGGGAACUCUGAGACCUCCCAUCAUCUGGAAGAGGAACAAUGUCAUUCUGAAUAGCUUAGAUUUGGAAGAUAUCAAUGAUUUUGGAGAUGAUGGGUCCUUGUACAUUACUAAGGUUACCACAACUCAUUUGGGAAAUUACACUUGCUAUGCUGAUGGCUAUGACAAGCUCCAUCAAACUCAUAUUCUCCAAGUGAAUGUUCCACCAGUCAUCCGAGUCUAUCCAGAGAGCCAAGCCAGGGAGCCAGGUGUGACUGCCAGCCUUCGGUGCCAUGCUGAAGGUAUUCCAAACCCACAGCUUGGUUGGCUGAAGAAUGGAAUUGAUAUCACUCCAAAGUUAUCCAAACAGCUAACUCUUCAAGCAAAUGGCAGUGAGGUUCACAUUAGCAAUGUGCGCUAUGAAGAUACAGGAGCAUAUACUUGUAUUGCAAAGAAUGAAGCAGGGGUGGAUGAAGACAUUUCUUCUCUUUUUAUAGAAGAUUCUGCUCGCAAGACCCUUGCAAACAUAUUGUGGCGAGAGCAAGGUCUGGGAAUUGGGAACAUGUUUUAUGUUUUUUAUGAAGAUGGCAUCAAAGUAAUACAGCCAGUGGAAUGUGAAUUUCAGAGACAUAUUAAGCCUAGUGAAAAACUCCUUGGUUUUCAGGAUGAAGUUUGUCCCAAAGCCGAUGGAGAUCCUGUUCAGCGGUGUGUAUGGGCAACUGCUGUUAAUGUAAAAGACAAGUUCAUUUAUGUAACUCAGCCCACACUUGACAGAGUUCUCAUUGUUGAUGUUCAGUCUCAGAAAGUUGUGCAGACAGUAAGUACUGAUCCUGUUCCAGUGAAACUACACUAUGAUAAAUCCCAUGAUCAAGUCUGGGUGCUGAGCUGGGGAAACAUGGAGAAGAAUUCACCAACUUUGCAGGUGAUUACACAAGCCAGUGGGAGUGUUUCUCAUCACACGGUCCAUACUCAGCCAGUCGGAAAGCAGUUUGACAGAGUGGAUGACUUUUUCAUUCCAGUUACAACUCUCAUCAUUAACCAUAUAAGAUUUGGAUUUAUUCUUCAUAAGGAUGAGCCUGUGCUCCAGAAAAUUGAUCUAGAAACCAUGUCAUACAUCAAGACUAUUAGUUUAAAGGAUUAUAAUUGCAUUCCUCAGUCAUUGGCUUAUACACAUCUGGGAGGAUUUUUUGUCUGUUGUAAGCCUGACACUACUGGGGCUAUCCUGCCGCAGCUGAUAGUGGAUAGCAUUACUGAUUCUGUGAUUGGGUACAAUGGGGAUGUGACAGGCACCCCACAUAUCUCUCCAGAUGGACACUAUCUUGUCAGCAUUGAUGAUGCAAAAGGCCUCAUGAGGAUCCAGUCCAUAACAAUGAGAGGAGAAAUACAGGAUGCAUUUGACAACACUAAUUUGCACAUAUCGGAUGUAGCUUUUCAGCCAUCAUUCACUGAAGCUCAACAGUACAAUGUCUACUGUUAGCUCCAGCACACAACUGAUGUCUCUUCGUGGAGCUCUCCUCUGGGAAAGGUUAAGAUUGGGAAGAGUCUGAAGGAGCCUCUCCCAAGGCAAGCGUGAAAAUGGCCUUGGAACAGUAAGAAUCGUCUGAUUAAAGACAGUGGCCUUUUUGGUCAGUAUCUCCUGACCCCUUCAAAGGAAUCUCUGUUUUAUCCUGGACCAUGGACGGCUAAAUUAAGUUAA